GUAUCGUGGAGCACGAUGUUCAGUUUGGUUGUUCGCGCCGUGGCGUAUUAAUGUUGUUGCUUUCUUUCCGUGACCAGUGUCUCUAUCUUCUCUGUGGAUUGCUGUAGGGUCGCCCCUUGGCGUCUCCCAAAGCCGUACUUUCGAAUAAAUAAACAGGCUGUAGUUUAGAUAAACCGACGAUUGAUUUAGGCGACACAUGAGUGGGUCUUUCUGGUGAGAAAAUGGAGGAGAAUCCUCAAUUGUGAGCCCGAAUUUCAGUUUGGAAAUCUUGGUUCAACGCACUGGGAAAAUGUUUUUUGUGUACAGGAGGUGGUUUACCGAAAUGUAAUCAAAUACAGACAUAAGGUACUUCUGUUAUGUGAUUAAGAGGAUAGGCUUUAAAAAGUGUUCUAUCCUAACGAAUCCUCAAGUUUCCUAUUUUCACAGUGUAUCGUGUUUUUCUUUGCUGAUUUUCUUUUUGUAUGUGGAAAAGUGUGCUCAAUUGUACAAAGAGGAGCAAUAGGAAAUUGCUGUGGGGUUGGUUAACGGUGCGAGAAGAAUUGUGAAAAGAGUGCUAAAGGAUCCAUUAAACAAUCCAAAAGUGAAUUGUACAUUUAGGAAACAGCUAAAAAAAAAGAAAUUAUGAUAAUGGUGUGGAAAGAAACCCCUCAUGGAUAACUCUGUCCUUCAUCUUCAUCCACUUUCCUUGCACUUUCAACUAUAGAUUUUUAGCAGUGUGCGAAUUCUGCAAGGAUCUUACGUAAUUCGGAAUAUUUCUUGUCAACACUUUGGUUUGAGACAGUGCUUCCUCCUCAAGAUAUCUCACUUCAACAUGGAUAAACUUAACGCAUUGUGCUGUUUGAUUUUUCUCAUUCUCAACGAUUUAUGGACAUUUGGCGUUGAAGCUCAACAGCGUCCCCGGAUCUUGGAGCAUCCAGCAGACGCCGUGGCGGCUCGCGAAGAGCCGCUCACACUCAAUUGCAAAGCGGCUGGUCGGCCAACUCCUGAGAUUACAUGGUUUCACAAUGGGACGCCACUCGUGCCAUCGGAGAGAAGGGUUGUCCUACCAGAGGGAUCCCUCUUCUUCCUCAGGGUGAUGCAAAAUAAACGUGAUCAUGAUGCUGGAACGUACUUUUGCGUGGCAGAAAGUUCAGCUGGGAAAGCUGUUUCGAGAAACGCUACACUUCAAAUUGCAAUGCUCAGAGAUGAAUUUCGGGCCAUCCCGAAGAAUACAGUGGCCUUGGCUGGUGGUCCUGUGGUCCUCAACUGCACCCCACCUAGAGGUAUCCCCGAGCCAUCAGUGCUGUGGUACAAAGACGGCAAAUUGCUAGAGAUCAGUGGCAAAAGACUGUCGAUGGUGGAAUCUGGAAGUUUGAUGAUCUCAGAAGUACAGAGCUCAGAUGCUGGAAAAUACGAGUGUACGGCACAAAGUAUGGCCGGCAGUAAAUCUUCACCGCCGGCAAUUCUUAGUGUUCUGGCACCACCAACAGUGGUUCGUGGUCCACAGGAUACAGAGGUCGUCGAGGGCGAAGGUUUAGACCUGCCAUGUGAGUUAACAGGCGACCCAAAGCCAUCGGUAUCAUGGAGCAGAGAGAACGGGAAUCUCCCAGAGACGAGAUCACGCAUCCUCCUCGACAACACUCUGAGAAUCGAGGAUGCCCGGCCAGAAGAUCAAGGCAGAUACAUCUGCAAAGGACACAACGAGGGUGGAAAUGUCUCCGUGGCCGUAAAACUUUACGUUUAUGCCAUUCCAACAUUUAUUGAAGCUCCUUCGGAUGCAGAAGUUCGUGAAGGAGGUACUGUAAGAUUACCAUGCCGAGCACAAGGUCGUCCAAAGGCUCGAAUAGUAUGGGACAAAGUUGGUUCUAGGACAGAAGUUUCGCAACUUUUGGAAGUCGAAACGUCUCAGGAUGAACUACUUGCUCGCGCCAAAAUUAUGAGCCUCAGAUCAAAAAGAGAACAUCUUCAUCCCAAUUCUACCCAAAUACCCAUUUCUUCCGUUUCACCGACAAACACAAUUCGUCGAAAACGAAGCUUCGACACUCAUUCAGUCAAUCCCGAUGAACAGCAGGAUUUCCUUCAGGCUGAAUUUGUGCAAAUCAUGAGAGAUCAGGAUGAUGAUCAAGAGGAGCCUAAAUGGAUCAGACCAUUUGAGACUGAUACCUCGAGGCGCGUUAAAAGAAGCGAAACUGAGGAAGAAGAACAAGAGGAGGGACCUGAAGAAGACGGUGCAAGUGAUACCACAUCCAUCCUUUUUUUCUCAACACCUCUACCCAGCGAUACCACGCAUCUAGAAGUGGACGAGAAUGGAGAACUCAUCCUGCGAGACGUGACAAAUCGACACCAGGGAUGGUAUGCGUGUGCAGCACUCAACGAGGCUGGUAGUGUCGUUAAACGUGUCUUCGUGAGAGUGUUAGCUCCUGGAGCCCCAGAGGGACAAUCUCCCCAACCACUAGAGCCCGUAAGCAGUCGCUGGGGCACUGACCAGACCGUCCUCGUAAGCGCAGUGAAAGGUGCCUCUGCUCACGCUCUCGAUGUCACUUGGGAUAUUACCAGUGAAUCCCCGCCGGCUACUACCCUCACACUCCAUUAUCGUCCAUCGGCGGGCGGCGAAUUUGCUAUCAGUGGUGCUCCUCUUGGUGCCAAACGACAUCGAAUUGAUGAUUUGAGAGCGCAUACCGAAUACGAGGUGUUUGCAACGGUCCCCGGAGGUCUUGGUGGCAGUAUCUCAAAUAUCCGGACAGGAAUGACACUCGAUGGAGCACCUUCAGCCCCACCCACGGAUGUCAGAGUUGGAGUAAUCAACACAACAGCGGCCUACGUAAGAUGGUCACCGCCGCCACAACAUUUGCUCAAUGGAGAACUGACUGGUUACAAUAUCCAAAUAAAGUCCAAUUCGACCAAUAAGAUCCUUGGACAGAUGUCACUGAACGCCUCUACGCAGUCAGUUGUGAUUAACAGCUUGAUUCCCGGCGGGCGGUACAUCGCCUGUGUGGCUUCACUGACGGCUGGUGGUUUGGGACCCUACAGCCCACCAGCAGCACUUCACAUGGAUCCCUCUUACAUCCCGCGACCACCGAGAACGGAUCCUGCUGCCAAUGGAUGGUCAUCGAUGUGGAUGUCGGGUAUUGUGCUGGGCAUCCUUGGGGUUGGACUAUCAGGAGGAGCAAUAUUCGCACUGUACUGGGCCAAAAGAAACAAGCGCAUCAUGAAGGCAUCUUAUCCGGGUCCAAUGCUUACUGCCACGCUUCCGGACAAACAGCACACCUUAUGGUUACAUGGGAAUCCCAUGAUCAAGCCAACGCACUCUCUAGCACCGCCAGCAGCUUCUGAGUAUGCCGAAGUAACACCAACAAAUCACUUGCAGAAACCUCCCCUUCCAAAUUCAGCACCGCCUGAGCCCUAUGCCACGGUCACUCUGCAGAGAGGCACUUCAGGAGCAUCAGAUGACACAUGCGCGAAAUGUUCAGCAAGUCCCAGUUCCAGUGAGUACAAUGCGCCAAUGCGCGAACCGAUGAACCUGUGCGAGAUGCUACCACCGCCACCUGAUCAUCCAUAUGGGGCAUACAAACCGCCCAAUAAUAUGACCAUACGCACCAAUCCCACAGCCAUGUCCCCACAAGUAAUGCGACGGGUACCACCGACGCCGCCAAGAUGGGGUACACUUCCACCGCCCAUCCCGAGCUUCCCACAGACUUGGUGUCAGCGACGCCCAGAGGACUUCUUUCCCGAGGAGAACGACUACGAGAGCGGCUCCGUCCUCUACGAGCAAUGCUGCCGCCCUGGUCAUGAAGACCCCGAACAGAACUACUUCAACGGGGGCGAACCCACCGAAGAGUACUACCGCAAUGUCAACAUGGAGUUCUUCGAGGACCAAGAAUUCGAGCCGAGCACACCUCCGCCACCGUGUCCGGCGGACGCCUAUACAUCUAAGAUCAACGCCAAUCUACGCCUAAUAGCCAAUGGUUCCGUGGACGCCAGCCAAUUAAACGGGAAACGGCCGACACCACGAAGCCACCAAGGCAGCACAACGCACAGUGCACACAGUUCCGACGACGAAAGUGAGAGCGACAACCGGUGGGCGCCACGGUCGAGACGAAGUCGUUCGCGGUCGAAAAGCGGCGACAGGAAGUACAGAAAUGGCGGCCACAUCCGAUGAAUGCGCCACGACUGAUUUUCCAACACUUUUCGUGUGUUAAUUUUUUUUUAUUAAGACAUUAGUUGGACGCUUUUUCUGAAACAUUGUGAAGUCAGAGAAUUUUUGAACAGUGUGAUAUUUCAGAAGACGGAUAGGGCGUUGAGAUCCAGAAAAGACGUUUUAGUUUCAGUGCAACAAUGACAAAGAAAUACACUGCCAUAAAAUACACUAAAUAGUUUUUUUGUCUUUUACAUUUGAAAAAAAAAGAAAAAACAGAGAAACAACUUACCAUAUCCUUUUACAAGCACUGAAGAACAUAUUUGUUUUUCUCUUUUUUUAAUUCUCUGCAUUCACAAUGUUUUGUAUUCAGGAGUAACAUAAUUUCAAUUGUGAAAUGACUAAAUUGUACAAUAGUCUUGUUUGUUUUAUUGUAAAAAGAAAUACAAAGAGAAGAAAUAUUUAGAGUUAAAAAAAAAAUGAGUGCUGGUUUGUAUUAUCAUAUUUCAUGGGUAUAAUUAUUUAUAUUUAAAAAGAAAAUGAUAUUAAAUCAAUUUUUUAUAAUAUAUUUUAGAUAGAUUUCCUAUCAAAGGUUUUUUAUUGAUGAAAAAUAAAUAAAAGUGGUGUAUGAAAUGAAUUUAUUCAUUUUGGGUUCUUUUUACUAAAACAAAAAAUCAUUUGAAAAAAAAACAAAUAAAAAAGAGAAUGAGACCGACUUUUUUUCUAGAAGAUAGGAAGAAUAAUGAAGUUGUUGAAAAAAGAAAAAUUAUAAUAUAGCGAUGAAGAAAAAAAAACAGUCUUAAGUUUUUGCCUUAAAUCAAUUUAAAAGAAAAAAAUCAUUAAAGACGAUAUUAAUAUGUAUUAUACAGUCCCAAGAAAAAAAAUAAUGAUAUUUAUUGAUGAAGAAGAAAAGACUCAAAAUAGAAAUUGUUAAUACUCAGUAUUUCAUGUCCUUUCUUCAAAAUAUUCUUUUCUUUUUCCAAAUUUAGAAAUACAGAGAGAAAGAAAUCUCCAUGCAUCAAAGUCCAAAAGACAUGCUUCUCAGCUUUUUUUCUCAAAAUCAAAACCCUCAUUCUCCCAGAGAAACUUUCUCACGGAAUAUUUUUUUUUUCCGAGCAAAAAUGGCCCAAGAGAAAAAAAUGGUUACUCAAAAAAAGUGCAUAAUCUUAAGAAUGAAUUCUAAGCUCCUCUGUAAAUAGCAAACAAAAAAAACCUAUCCUAACUAAAAAUGACUAAUAUUACUUUAUCAAUAACUUGUAUUAUAAAUAUCAAUAACAAAACAAAUAUAACAACAACUUGUAUAAAAGAAUAAAGAAAGCAUUUAUUUAUAUUACGGAACAAACAAUGCUAAAUCAUACAAAAUUGAGAUGAAGAAAUCAGUUAAGUUUUGAAAAAUAUUUCAUUUUCUGUGAAAAAAAAAAUCUCAAAAUAGUUUUCCAUACAUAUCGAAUACAAAACUGACAUGGAAAAUUAGUUUAAAAAAGAAAAAAACAUAAUUCAUUGAAUAAAUCCAAAAAGAAAAAGUUGCAAAAACCAUAUCCAUAUUUAUAUUGAAUGAACAACAGGAUAGUGUAAUAUUUAGGAAUGUCUUGAAAAGAUGGAAAAAAUUUAUACAUAAUCAAAUAAUUAGUUACCAUUUGACAUCAAUCACAAGUAUUAUUUUGUAGAUUUUCCAUUUUCAACGUUUCAGCUAAAUAGAGUUCUACUGCGAUUUAUUUCCUUUCGUGUUUUGGACAAAAAUUGAGAAUUUUCGAAAGUUAUACAGUGAAAAAGAAAUAGUAAAGUCUAAUAUUUAGAAUUUACAUGUGUAGAAAUGACAACAAACAUUCUAAAUAUAAGAUUUUACAAAACAAUAUACAAAGAAAAAGAAACAAAAAAAUAGCCGUUUUCGAAAAUUUCCAAAAAACAAAAAAAAAACAAAAUCAGAAUUGAGACAAAUAAGAUGAACAAGGUGGCAAUGUAUAAAAUGUUACUGAAUCCUUCCUCCUGGGAGUGCCAAGAAUCGUGUGCGGUGAAUGGAUAAUAAGAGAAGGCAACUUCGAGUUAACUUUGUAAAUUUUUUUCACCCCAAAAAUCUGAGGUGGAAGAAGACAAAUAAAUGUCGAGGAAGAUGAAAGAUACAAAAUAAAAUGCUAAAUAAACUUUAUUACUUAUAAUAAGAAA